AUGAAGCGCACGCAUUUGGGUGUUGAGUCACCAAGAAGGAGCGCCUGGCAACAGCCUGCUUCGUGUACUUUUUGCCGGCAAAAGAAGAUUCGGUGUGAUAAAAAGCGACCUUGUGCCAACUGCACGACCAGAGAUAUUUCCUGCCACUAUGCCCCGUGCUCGAAUGCGGACUUGGUUCGGUCCACUCACAAUCUUGAUGAGCGAGACACCAAUAACUCGACAACUGUAGAAAGAAAUAUUGUCGCUCCUCCGCCACGCAAUCCCCGCGAGUUCGAAGAUGAAGUCAUCCAAGACGAUUCAAACGGUGUGUGGGCUCACCUCGAAGAGGUCUCCUCAACGCCUCACGCCGAUCACGAGAAACUCCGCCUGCGGCGUCCAGCGGCAUCGCCGGGGGACAAUCCCUUUUUGGACGACCAAGACAUUGGCAAGUUAAUGGUGCAACUACCCAAUAUCUACACGGCGAGAUUGCUCUACCAGCACUAUGUCCAAACCUCAGACAUCCUUCAUCGAGAGCUACAUGUUCCCUCGACUCGCGCCGUUCUCGAACAGACAUAUGUUCAGCUGUCGAAUGCAAGCCCGGUAUCGCGAGAAGUUCUCGCUUUAUUCUUUAGCAUCUUCGCUUCCAGCGCCUUUCACAUCUGCUCCGGGCAUCUGCACUCGCGCUGCAAGGAGCUUCAGAGUACGACUGCAUUAUACGGGACCUGGAGGGAAAUUGCUUUGAAUCUUGUCCUUCAGAAAGACAUCAUGAUAUCCAAGACAGUCGUUUCGUUGCAGGCAAUCUGUAUCCUGCUGUACUUGAUCUGGGACUCGGAAGGCCAGUCGCCUACGUACAAUACUCUGAGAGGAAUCGCUCACACAAAAGCACUCCAAAUGAAGAUUCACCGUCUUGAUGCGAAAGAGACUCCUCCAAAUGAGGACAUUAUCCAGGUCGAAAUAAAGCGUCGGCUUUGGUGGUGUCUCGCAUCCACAGAUUGGGUCGUUGCUACCGUCCCUGGACCCGAGGAGGGAACAUAUACUUUCAAUCCGAAGCAUUUUCGUGUCAAUUAUCCAUCGAACAUAGAUGACGAAGAUCUUCAGCCUGGCCUCGGAGUCGUCGAUAGCCGCCCGCGCCAGGAACCAACAUCCAUGUCGUUCUUUAUCGAAAAGGUGCGGUUUACAGAGGUCUGCCGUGAAGUCUUGGACUGCAUACAGGAAUCUCAAAUUUCCAUCCAUCCUAGCAGCCACGCGCUGGCCACGCAAAUGGGUCACCGCUACCAAGCAUUCAUGAACGAAAUGCCUUGGUUCUUGCGGCCAGGGGAGGACACGGUGCCGCAGAUGACAGCACUUCUGGAGCAGCGACCGUUCGCUUCGUCGCGCACCGUGGCAAUCAGCUGCGCCAGGCAGCAGGUAAAGUUCUGUCGCGCGGUCGAGCCCGGCGACCUCUGCCCGUACGUUCGCUCGCACAGCAUCGACCAGCACGUGUUUGGCGGACUGGUGCUCUUGGCCGUCGACAUCAUGGCAAGCAAGGAUGAAGGCGGCGUGGAAAGACGGCUGAAGGAACUGAUGGACACGGCAACCAUGAUCAAGGAAAAGCAGCAAGCUUUUAACCCUUCCAAUAUGACUGUUGUCGUCGCCAUUGAUAAGCUGAUGGACGUGUUGCAGACGAUGGGCCAAGGUCAGGCACCACGAGCGCCUGGUGUUGGCGACCGAGACGAAGGGCGCGAGGCAGACAAGCCGCGCACGAAAACUGGAGGGACCGUAGCAACGUCGCUAUCCUACGACAAUACGGAUUUCCGUGGGUUUGGGACAGAUGACACCUUCCUACCGAGCUUUGUCAAUCAAGAGAUGGAGGAGCUUUGGGCGGAGCUGUUGAACGGCUCUGCCGCUGCCAAGCCAGACUCUCAUCGAGCAUGGGGCAUCUCCGCGGAUGCCAAACCUGCAAGGAACGUAAAGUGCUUUGCGAUCGCAAUCUUCCAUCUUGCCAACGAUGCUCUCGGUCUGGUCGCUUGUGCCUAG